GUCGGUGUUGACUGUAGCUUGUGAACAGACUGAAGUACUGCUUUUUGACCCAAUAUCUUCAAAGCACAUCAAAACUCUCUCUGAAGCUCAUGAAGACUGUGUAAAUAACAUCAGGUUUCUAGAUAAUCGGCUGUUUGCGACUUGUUCUGAUGACACUACAAUAGCACUUUGGGAUUUGAGAAAGCUGAACACGAAAGUGUGCACUUUACAUGGUCACACCAGCUGGGUUAAGAACAUUGAGUACGAUACCAAUACUAGAUUACUAGUAACGUCAGGGUUUGAUGGAAACGUGAUCAUCUGGGACACAAACAGGUGCACAGAAGAUGGAUGUCCUCACAAGAAGUUUUUUCACACACGUUUUCUUAUGCGAAUGAGGCUGACGCCAGACUGUUCAAAAAUGUUGAUCUCAACCUCUUCUGGAUAUCUUCUGAUUUUACAUGACCUUGACCUAAACAAAUCUUUAGAGGUUGGCAGCUACCCGAUUUUAAGAGCUAGGAGGACUACAUCAAGUUCAGACAUAGCAUCAUCAGGUUCAUCUGGUCCUCGAGCUGUUGGUUCACCGUGUCACCAGAACGAUUCAGGUCCACUGUCUGAGAAACACAUGUCGCGGUCCUCUCAGCGAGAAGGUGGAUCACCUAGAAAUAGUUUGGAGGUCUUAACGCCAGAGGUUCCUGGAGAAAGAGAUCGAGGCAAUUGCAUUACAUCACUACAGCUACAUCCAAAAGGAUGGGCUACGCUUCUUCGGUGCUCAAGUAAUACAGAUGACCAGGAGUGGACUUGUGUCUAUGAAUUCCAGGAAGGAGCCCCCGUGCGCCCCGUCUCACCUCGUUGUUCCCUGCGAUUGACUCAUUGCAUUGAAGAAGCCAAUGUGGGACGGGGUUACAUCAAAGAACUUUGUUUCAGUCCCGAUGGUCGGAUGAUUUCAUCCCCCCAUGGCUUUGGGAUCCGCUUGUUGGGGUUUGAUGCACACUGCAGUGAACUUGUCGACUGCUUGCCCAAAGAAGCCAGUCCCCUGAAAGAAAUCCGUUCCCUGUACUCUCACAAUGACGUGGUUCUGACAACCAAGUUUUCUCCAACACACUGUCAGAUUGCCUCGGGGUGCCUUAGCGGACGUGUUUCUCUAUAUCAGCCAAAGUUCUAG